GGGGGCAAGGGGGAAGCCUAGAUCAGACAAGGCUGUGCUGGUUACUGUUUGCUUGUAGUUCAAACAAAGCUUUUUUGAUAAGGACUCUUAUUUUAGCAGGGCUUAUAAAGUAUUAUCAAGUGUGUAGGUAGAAGUUCUCUCUUUAAGGAUCUGUAAGCAGAGUGGUGGGGGAGGAAAGAACAAAAAGCAGGAGACCUAAAGCAUGACAAGAUUCAAAAGUGCUUGAGAUGUUUGAUUCCUUUUAGAGAAAGCUGUUGGACCUGUUCAAAUCGUGUAAAGGUCACCUAGGAGGUUAACAGUCAGUAAUUUGCAACUCUCUUCCCUGAACAAAAUACUUAUUACAGGUAUGGCUUAACAUGGGACCAUGUCCAUCUUUAAUACUGUAUGUGUAUGGAAAAACUUAUGACCUGGGCUUCCUCAUCUUGUAAGACUGGAUUAGCUUGCAUGAUUGGGAUUUAGAGAGUCAGUUCUCUUACACUUGUGGAUGGAUCUUUCACCGUCAUAGUAGGUUGUGAGCAAAAAUUGCAAAAGACUUCUACAAAAAGUGAUUCCCUCACAGCCUAGUUGACUGAGAAAAUCCAGUGUCUCAGCAAGCUGUGCAUGUGUAGUAAGACACGUGGCCACAUGCUGAAGCAAUGAAGACAAAGCAAAAUGUAGAGCUCUGCAAUGGGAUUGCUAACACACAGCAACAAGUAACAGUUACUGCUUUUCCUAGGAAGAGAAAGCAUUUUCUUUUGUUGAGUAUGGGUCUGCCAUGAGACCUGCCAUGUGUACUUGCCAUAAAUCUCAAUGUCUGAAAUGAACUGAGCUAAGCAAAGAAGCCAGAAUGAAGUCUGAUUUCAGUGUUAACUUCUCAGCCUGUUAUUGGCAACAGGAUCAUCCUGCAAUUUGUGUUAAUGCUAACCCUAACAUUUCUUUUUUGCUUUUCUGUGUGAAUAGUGAAGAGCAUAUGUUUUGUGGCUGUAUCUAAUUAAAUGAGGUGGAGAAGAGUACCUCACCACAUUUAGCCAAGCAUGCUAACAGAGCUGAAUGAGCUCAAUAUACAGCAUGCUUUGAGCUUUGCUGUCAGGUGUCUGUGUACUCAGUGUGAGCAAAACUGGGACUGACUCAGCCUUGGGCUAUUGUUGCCUAUAAACAGACUGACCUCAAUACUUCUUAGAAGAUAACAUUGCAUAUAGUUUCUGGUUAAGAGGCUAAUUAUGAAAGCCUAAAGAAUUGUUUUCCUGGAAAAUAAGAACAUCCAGACAUGGCGCAGCUUCAGAGGCUACUGGAGAAUUCCUCUCCAGCUACUGGGAGCCACAAUGGCUACCAUAUGACUGUAAAUGCUGACUGGCAGAUAACCGCAGAGCACAUGGAACUGGAAUUUUAUGUAAGAUACCAAAGGUGUGUGGGAGAGAAACUGGUCUGCUAAUAUGUAAAUGUGCAUCUGGAAGAUAAAAUUAUACCAACUGUGCAAUCUUGUUGUUUUUACCAAAAUCGGAAGAAGUACUUAUUGCAUAAAAAGAAGAUUCUCCUCAUUCACAAGGCUCUUGCCAAUUUCCGGUAAUUCCGCUUGGACAACCUGUGCUACAGUGCAUGUAUUUCUCUUAGCUGUUCCUUCCCAGCCAUUGCUCAAAGCUACUUUACCUCUCAUCUCCUCUCGUACUGCGAUACUUAGGAGUACUUUAGUCAGGCAAGAAUCCCUGAUAAAAGCAAUGGAAGCUGACUUGUAAUGAACACAUCAUCUUGCCAGGAUGACAUUUUCUCCAAGUGAGUUACUGUUUUGUUCUAUGAACUUUUAUGCUCCUUAGCCAGUUGAGCAAGUUGUUGUGGGCUGAAGCCUGUAUGCUAGAUCUCUUGCAUAAGCGGGUUAAAACAGCAUGCUUCUAGAUGCAGCAUAUCUCAGGAUUAAACAUUCUAGCAGAGUGUUAAAUACAAAGUAGUGACUCUCAAAUCAAGUCUGCUCUUUUUAUGGUACUGCUAACUGUAAGUUUAUCUCUGCUAUCACAGCUAAGGAGGUCUCUUUCCUAAAGUCAGAAGCAUAAUUAGCAGAGUUUCUCUGUAGGUUUGCCUAGUUUAACAGGUCUGGGAUAUUGAUUGACAGUGGGAAAGGGUGUGUCUCUGGCACUUUCCUUGUCUGGCUAAGGGCAAGCUGUGUGUUACACAUGGGUGUGAUUUGCUCUCCUUGCAUAGCGCAGCAGCUUGUUGCUGUGCUGUAGCUUUUGCUAGCUUACAGCAAACAUAGCUUUGUGUGAAGAUGUCUCUCUUUCUCUCAGGAACAUCCACCUGGUCAGAGUUCUUUACAGAAGACCCAUGGUCUGAUACAGACUUUGAAAUUUCAGUUCAGGAUUUUUGGUGCAAGCGGGGACAAUGAGAAGGUUCUUAAGACCUGGACAUGAUCCAGUAAGAGAGAGGCUCAAGCGUGAACUUUUCCAGUUUAACAAGACUGUGGAACAUGGAUUUCCCCAUCAACCCAGCGCAUUGGGCUAUAGCCCAUUUCUCCACCUUAUGGCCAUUGGAACGCGGUCGGGAGCCAUCAAAUUAUAUGGUGCUCCUGGGGUGGAGUUCAUGGGUUUACAUGAAGAAAACAAUACUGUAAUGCAGAUUCACUUUAUACCUGACCAGUGCCAGCUGGUGACAUUACUGGAUGAUAACAGCUUGCAUCUCUGGAGCCUGAAGCAGCACAGUGGAGCAUGUGAGCUGCGGGAAGAUCAUCACUUCACAUUGAAAGGGCCACCCGGCUCUCCGCCAAGUGCCACACAGAUAACAGCUGUCCUUCCCCACUCCGCACGGGAAGUCCUGUACCUUGGCACAGAGAGCGGCAACAUCUUCGUGGUGGAGCUGCCAUCCUUCAGAGUCCUGGAGGAUAAGACCAUAACCUCUGAGGCUGUGCUGCAGUGGAUACCUGAAGAUUACUGUAGCAGACGAUCAUGUGAAUUGGUAGAAGCCCUUCGGGAGCAUCCUAAAAACCCUGACCAGAUCCUGAUUGGGUACAGCAGGGGCUUGAUUGUCCUCUGGGACCGGCAGAAUAACAAAGUGACACAUCAUUUCCUGGGCAGCCAGCAACUGGAGAACCUCUACUGGCAGAGGGAUGGCAGUAUAUUCAUUAGUUGCCAUUAUGAUGGAAGUUACACCCGGUGGCCAGUAUCCAAUGACAACAGGCAGUCUCUGCCUCUGGAAAACAUUGUGCCUUAUGGUCCUUUUCCGUGCAAGGCCAUCUCCAAGAUCUACUGGCAGACAACAAGGAAUGGGCUUCCUUACGUUAUAUUCCAAGGAGGGAUGCCCCGGGCUAGUUAUGGUGACCGGCAUAGUAUCUCUGUUAUCCAUGGCAGCCAGCAAACAGCCUUUGACUUCACAUCACGAGUGAUAGACUUCUUUGUCAUCUUCAGUUCAGAGCCUACUGCAGAGUCUGAUGACCCUUCUGCUAUGGUGGUGCUGGCAGAAGAAGAGCUGAUAGUUAUAGACUUAAAAUCUGUAGGCUGGCCAGCAGUCCAUCCUCCAUACUUGGCUUCUCUCCACUGCUCAGCCAUCACUUGCUCACACCAUGUCUCCAACAUCCCACUGAAACUCUGGGAGAGGAUUAUCAGUGCUGGGAGCAAGCAGAAUGUUCACUACUCAAAUAUGCCAUGGCCGAUUGAUGGUGGCACCAACAUAGCUCCUGAUCCUCCUCAGAGGGACUUGCUUCUAACAGGGCACGAAGAUGGCACUGUGCGGUUUUGGGAUGCAUCUGGUGUCUGCUUACAUCUCCUUUAUAAGCUAAGCACAGUGAGAGUAUUUCUCACAGAUGCUGAUCCCAAUGAUAAUAUGAACACAGUGGGUGAGGAUGAAUGGCCUCCACUUCGCAAGGUUGGUACUUUUGACCCUUAUAGUGAUGAUCCUAGACUUGGGAUCCAGAAGAUCUACCUGUGUAAAUACAGCGGAUACUUGGCUGUAGCUGGUACAGCUGGGCAGGUACUGGUGAUGGAACUGAAUGAUGAAGAUGCAGAACAUGUUGUUGAUCAAGUUGAAGCAGAUCUCUUGCAGGACCAAGAGGGCUAUCGAUGGAAAGGUCACGAGAAACUGAAGAUUCGAGAUGGACCUGUUCGAUUUGAAGCUGGUUUUCAGCCUUUUGUCCUUGUCCAAUGUCAACCACCAGCUGUUGUCACCUCAUUGGCCCUUCACUCUGAAUGGAAGCUUGUAGCCUUUGGUACUAGCCAUGGGUUUGGGCUGUUUGAUCACCAGCAGAAACGACUGGUUUUUGUCAAAUGUACACUUCAUCCCAGUGAUCAGUUGGCUUUAGAAGGCCCACUGUCUCGGGUGAAGUCCUUGAAAAAGUCCCUCCGUCAGUCAUUCAGGCGGAUUAGAAGAAGCCGAGUGUCCAGUAGGAAGCGGCGAGGAGGUGGUGGAAAUACCUCAGAGACACACGAAGCAAAUGGCAAAUUUGAACAAGACAUGUUGCAGGAAAUGGAACUGGCUCCAGUCCAGCGGAAGAUUGAAGCCCGAUCUGCAGAAGACUCUUUCACUGGCUUUGUGCGCACUUUAUAUUUUGCUGAUACCUUCCUAAGAGACAGCUCCCGCCACUGCCCAUCCUUGUGGGCAGGCACCAAUGGAGGUACAGUCUUUGCCUUCUGUUUACGUGUUCCGCCAGCAGAGAGAAGGAUGGAUGAACCUGUCAGGGCAGAGCAAGCCAAAGAAAUUCAGCUGAUGCACAGGGCUCCUGUUGUGAGUGUACUUGUCUUGGAUGGGCGCAACAUACCUCUCCCAGAACCUCUGGAAGUAGCACAUGACCUUUCUAAGAGCCCUGAUAUGCAAGGCAGCCAUCAACUACUGGUGGUAUCCGAAGAGCAAUUUAAGGUCUUUACACUGCCCAAGGUUAGCUCAAAACUGAAGCUCAAACUGACAGCACUGGAAGGCUGUAGAGUACGAAAAGUGAUGGUUGCUAACUUUGGCAGCUGCAAGACUGAUGAUUACAGUGAAAAUGACCUGGCUGUCCUGACUAACCUGGGAGAUGUUCAGAUCAUCUCACUGCCCUUCCUGAAGUUACAGAUUCGCUACCCUUGCAUUCGUAAAGAGGAUGUGAGUGGCAUUGCAUCCUGUGUUUUCACUAAAUAUGGCCAAGGCUUCUAUCUCAUCUCACCAUCGGAGUUUGAGAGGUUUUCCCUUUCUACCAAAUGGUUAGUGGAGCCCCGGUGUGUUGUGGAUGUGCCAGAAGUUUCAAGCAACAAUCACAUGCACAGUAGGUCUGUCAUGGAGAAUGCUUCAAGAAAAUCCAGGGUUUCAGGAAGAAGUUCAGGUGACUAUGGAGAAGACGAAAGGAAUUGUGGGAGGCUGAUGGAUCAUGCCUUACUCAAUGAUGAAAAAGUUCUGAGGGAGAUCCAAAGUACUCUGGAGGGGGGAAGAGGGAGAGAUCACAUUCCCACAUCCCAAAGGAACAGGACUCUGACUAUUCGCAUACAGGAGCUAUGCAGAAAGAAAUUUGGCAAGAAGUCCAGUAGAGCACAGACUAAAUAAUGGAGGAGCAGACUGACCAGAAUUCAUCAAGGACUUUCCUGGGAUUGGAUUGCGUGCCAUAAUACUACUGAUUGGGCAAACCGUCCCUGGGGAGAGCACAUCAGUGUUCCCUGCAUUGCAGGCUACUGAGCUGCAACUUGCAUGCAUAUGCAUGCCUGCCUUGGCCUCCCCUUUUAGUGCCUCAUUAGACAUCUCUUGGAGCCUGCCUUGUGUUAGGACAGAAGUGGAUUGCCAGGUCUAAUGCACCACAAGCCUCUGAGUACAUCUAACUUUUAAAUGUUUGCACAUUUCUCUUUUCUACUGGGCUGGGUUUUAAAUUAUAAAUAUUACUGCAUUGGUGCAGGAUUUUAAUAAAUGUGCACUGUUACCUCCAACUGGUAUAAAAUUACUUUUUGUACCAUUUUUUUUUAAUCGUAUGGGUAUUUCAGUCUUAACAAACAUUUUAUAAAUUUACUUAACAAAAAACAAACAUGAAAUAAUAUAUGCUAGAUUCCUCUGACUGCUGUAUGUGGUAUCUGAAUGAGUAACUUUGGUAUUUGUUUGCUGUAGUACUGCUAAUUGGCUUCAUGGAUUUGAGUAGAAUCUAUUUUUGUAGCCACUCAGAUCAGAAGAAAACUAAUUAAACCUGAUUUUUUUUUUCCAACACUACGUUACUUUUUUGGAAAUAAAACUCUGAAUUCCA